AUGGGCCCCUGCUCCGGUAAGAAGCAGUGGUAUGUCUGCUCUCAAGGCCCUUUCCAGGGAUGUUGUUCCGUCGAUCCAUGUUCUGCUGGUGGUGUCUGUCCGGACGAUGAUGAUGCGACAACAGUUACCUCUAUAAGCACAUCUACAAAGGUCCAUACUGUGACACCCACAAAACCCGUCUCUUCGAAACAGUCCACCUUUGAGACCAGCACGACCACAACUAGUCGUCUUGAGACCAGCAAUACUCCCGGGACCACCACCGCUUCCACAACCAGCACAUCAAGUACCAGUACCGGCACCGGUACAAGCGUUGCCGACAAUGUCAAUGCCGAUGCGGAAACCGGACAUGGAACGCCUGUUGGGGCUAUCGUCGGAGGAGUAAUAGGGGGCAUUGCAUUUCUCAUACUCCUUGCUAUUGCCUUGUGUAUCGCCUAUCGCAGAGGCAAGAAGCGUGUAAGGCAAUUCACCUUUCUUCGCAGCCCUCACACUGAUAUCUUCAAGGAGACCACAUUUAAUACCGACAACAAACCACCACAGAAUGACACAACGACUACAGAACAAGUCACACACGCACCAACCAAAAAAGAAAAAGCCGAAACCAGCUCCCUCCUUACCCCAACCGACUACUCCACGAACGGAACCACCCCCAUCUCACCAACCUCCACUGCUGCCGAACUAGACGCAUUCCACCUCUACCCUCCCCAAAGCCCCUACACCCUAUUCACUCACCCAAACGCCUCAACCCCCGAGCCCAGCGACACAGGAGUCUACACCCCCCGCGCCGAACUACCAGCCCAGCCCACCCGAGAACUCAUUAACACCCCACACGACCAACGCCAGUCUUUGAAUCAGUCGAUCUCAUCGCAGGGACCGACACACGCCGAACUGCCAGCCCAACCUUGCAGGGAGUUGAUCAAUGUUCCACAUAGCCGACGUCAGCAACCUGCUACACUGCCGAUGACAACGCCAUGUGAACAGGUAGAUGAGUGUGUGACGCGUGCAAACUCACCGCCGGUCGUUACCACCGAUGGCGUGGUCUUGUCUGCGAAUUUUGAUACUUCUGCUUCUCCUGAGGCGGAUGUCCUCUCUACUCAUGGUCUGGCUAGUUCCCAUGCUAUGAGUUUUAUGGAUUAUGAUACUGCUAGGAGGUCGAUGCUACCGGCGCAUCGGCCGGAGUGGGUAGAUAAUCCUGGAGAGGGAGUGACUGACAAGUCGAAAGGAGAAAAGCAUUCGAAUAGGCCCGAAUGA